AUGACGGUAACCAGGAAGACUACGGCUAGCCAGAGGAGAGAAACAGCAGUAGGUGAGGCGACUAGCAGGGUACCCCCAGCAGAUGGGGCCAAAUCGGAGUCACAGGGAGAGAUCCCUACCCAGCAAUUACCGGCUCCUCCACCACCUGAGGAGAUUCCUAGGGAGACCGCACAUCCAACUCCCCCUCCGCUUCCAUCAGAUCAGGACUUGAGAAGUGCGGUGCAUUUGUUGGCACAGUUUGUAGCUACCCAACAACAGGCUAGGGCAUCCGCUAGUACAGGACCAUCAGAGGGAUCUGGGAGUUCAUGGGUCCGAGAGUUUAUUGCUUUGAGUCCCCCAUAG